AUGUGCACCGAGGCUGAGAGGGAAAAGAGGGCGUGUCUUACCCAAGUGACUGAUGAGAACGGGUGCACUGGUCUGGAGGGUGACCCCGUCCGUACAGUUCCACUGCCGCUGCUGUCGCUCGGGGACGAUUGGACGUCCGGCGUUGCCACGACGACUAGAAUGGGCUGCAAUCUGUGCACUUUACAGAAACGAGAGGAACACUAUAAGCUGCUGUAUGAGAUCGCACAGGAGGUGGAGCUGUGUCGACUCAACAGCCAGGAGAAGCUGGGCCUGACGUUGUGCUACAGGACAGAUGAGGAGGAGGACAUGACAAUCUACGUCAGCGAGGUUGGGCCAAACAGCAUCGCUGCAAGGGAUGGACGCAUCAAAGAAGGAGACCACAUUUUACAGAUCAAUGGGCAGGAUGUGCAGGAUAGAAAGGAGGCUGUAGCGGUGCUCUCUAGUGAAGAUACUAGGAAAUUCCUACUGCUGGUCGCCAGGCCCGAGAUACAGCUGGAGGAAGCGUGGUUGGAUGAUGAACACAGUGAAUUCCUGGAGCAACUGAAGAUGGAAAUGUUGGAAGAGCAACAGAGAGAAGAGAUGGAGCUAGAGGCACUUCAGGAGAAGGCCAAAGGAGAAGAGGAUGACAUCACUGCCACCUGUUCCUCCAGAACUCAGGACAGCGGGCUGGGGAUGUCGUUAAGGAACAGCAUCGACGCCCCCGACCACAACGUCCUCCUAACCCACAUCCAACGGAGACUCUCCCAGUGUCUGAGGGACAGACAGAACUGUUCCACGCGUCUGGACGAAGAGGAGGAGGAGGAAGAAGAUGAGGAUGUUGCAGAGGAUGGCGAUCGGUUCCAGCAGCUCCUGGAGCUGAAGUGUCAGAUCCGUAACAGCGGGGAGUACGACCUGAUCUAUAGCAGACGCAGCACUAUAGAGUGUAGGCUGGGAGAGCCGGCCGGUGGCGUGCAGCGUGAGCUCCGCAUGCUCAACGACGAGCUCCGUAGCAUCGAGCUAGAGUGCCAGAACAUCAUGCAGGCACACAAGCUCGGCAAGGGGCCGGUGGGGUCCCAGUGGGACCAGGGGCAGCAAGACCAAAGCUCUCACCUGGGGUGCAAUGACUCACCUAGAAGAAGCAAGCUGGUGGGCAUCAACGAGUGUCCGGAGAAGCCGGAGAAGUCAGACAAGGACAGCUCGAGUGCCUACAACACUGCAGAGAGCUCUCGCAGCACGCCGCUGGCAAUGGACCGCUCCCCUGAGCACUCCCUUCAGAGGAGGAUGGUGACCAUCACCAACCAGAGGAACCUCCGCAGCAGCAUGGCCAGCCUCCACACUACAGCCAGCCCCAGCCCCAAACACCGGCCCCUCCACUGGGCCCCCAUCCCAGGCAAGGCCAGCAGCCCCGACCACAGCCUUUACCCCUCCGAGUCGGACAAGGUGGCCCCUGCAGACAACGAAAGGAGUGGGUUGGGGAACUGGAAGGUGAAGCCUCAGCCUCCUCCCAGGGCCUCCCAGAUCCCUUACCUAUCCCCGUCCCAUGACUCCCAGCACCGCCAGCCCAACGCCAACAUCCCGGCCCACGCUCGCCACUACCAGAGCUACAUGCAGCUGAUUCAGCAGCGCUCGGCUGCGGAGUACGCCCAGAGCCAGCUGAGCCUGCUCAGUGGAGUCAAGGAGCCCCAGCUGAGCCCCGCCAUCGAGCCUAAGAUGGAAUGGAAGGUGAAGAUCCGUUCGGACGGCACGCGCUACAUCACCAAGAGACCCAUUAGGGACAAGAUCCUGCGGGAACGCGCCCUGAAGAUCAAAGAGGAGCGUAGCGGAGGGAUGACCACCGACGACGACGCUAUGUCCGAGAUGAAGAUGGGGCGGUACUGGAGUAAAGAGGAGAGGAAGCAGCAUCUGGUCAGGGCUAAAGAACAGCGGAGGAGACGGGAGUUCAUGCAGCGCAGCCGACUGGAGAGCCUGAGGGAGAGUCCUCAGAGCAGCAGCGAAGGACGCAAGGAGGUCAGCAUCAUUGAACUGAGCCACAGGAAGAUGAUGAAGAAGCGCAACAAGAAGAUCCUGGACAACUGGAUGACCAUUCAGGAACUGAUGACUCACGGGGCCAAGGCCCCUGAUGACCCCAGGGCCAAAGUACAUAAGGCCUUCCUGUCGGUCACCACUGUAUAA